UUUAUUUAUGUUCUCUCCAUGAGGAGUUAUUUACUGCUAUUCCGGCCUUGUUUCUGUCCAUAACCUCAAAAUUUGGCUUACACCCUACCCCCAAAUUCCAUUAGUUCAUCCCGAAAGGGUACCCACUUCAAAAUCUUUCAUUAAAAUCUAGCUCUCAAAAAUCACAAGUAUUUAACUUAAGAUAUAUAUAUAUAUAAUUCCCCAUUUUCAAACCAAGAAACGCGAAGCUGUAUCCGGGAAGAGAGAGAGCGAAAAUGGAGGAAGAUGGGUUUUUGGGAGAACCGAAUCGAGUGGAGCUAGGCACUUGCUUAAGUAGCUACAUCGACGAUGGCACCACUGAGAGCCAUAGGUACUAUCUUUCUCGCAGAACAGUCCUGGAGAUGCUUAGGGACCGAGGCUACACCAUCAACCCCUCUGAUAUCGACCUCACUCUCCAACAAUUCCGAGAAAUUUACGGCCAGUUCCUCGAUGUCGAUCGCCUUAAACUAUCUGCUGCUCAUCGCGCCGAUCCCUCCAAAAGAAUUCUUGUAAUAUUCUGUGGGACUGGUGCAGUAAAGGUUAGUGCUAUUCGCAAUAUUGCGGGCCAAAUUGUUAACAAAGAAACUUUGCAUGGUCUCAUUCUAAUUGUGCAAAAUCAAAUUACAAACCAAGCCAUGAAAGCAGUUGAGGUCUUUUCGUUCAAGGUUGAAAUAUUCCAGAUUACUGACUUGCUGGUUAAUAUCACAAAGCAUGCAUUAAAGCCAAACCAUCAGGUGCUAACGGAGGAAGAAAAACAAAAGCUUUUGGAACAAUACAGUAUAGAGGAAAAACAGCUUCCUCGUAUGCUACGUACGGAUGCCAUUGCUCGAUACUACGGACUCGAGAAGGGGCAGAUUGUGAAAGUAACGUAUGAUGGUGACAUGACUAGAUCACAUGUAACUUACCGUUGUGUCUGGUGAUGGCCUAUGAAUGAAUUCAGGUUUCACCAAUUAUGUUUUGUAUUUUUAACCCCAAAGAACUUGAUUACUUUUGUCUUAGACAUCAAUCAAUGUUCCACAACUCCUUGUGUUACUAGAUUUUCAGUGCAUGUUUCGAGGCAUUAUUUAUAAUA